AGCUGCUGGAGUACUUGAAUCAAAAUUCUCGGAUUUGAAAACAUUGGAUGCUCUGCUACGUCAAACACGGAAACAUCGUUACGAUUUUCGAUGAAGAUUUCGAUUUUGAAAUGGGCCAAGUUUUCUAUGAUUUCAUUCCAAUUGUGCCAUUUGAUCCAGACCACCCCCAAACCAUUUGUGAGGAUGGGGCUCCCUCAUAAUUGUUGCGACGUUUUCAUUGCGUUCUGUGCCACUGAGGAUUCGGGUCUUCUGCUUGGCUCUAUGGUUUGUCUGUUUGGCGCUCUGGUCCUUUCUUCCGGGAGAUUCGUCCAUCAAAACUCUUGGCUUCCCUUUUAUAAUUUCUCGUCACUUUACAAUAUCCGUUCUUUUUAUUUUCCCUCGCCCCUUUCGGGAAGUUGUAGUUUGAUAGCUUGUUUUUUUUUCUGCCGGCCUUCUCUCCUUUCCCGACCUUCGUCACAUACAACGUUAGAUUAGCGGCAGACUUGCUUUCAUAAAGUGACCGAUUUCUAUCACCAUAAUUCCAUUUGACUGUCUUUUGAAGUCUUUAUUCGCUUUUGAACCCAAGUUUCGUUUCAGUGGUGGAAAUUUUGGGUCGGCAAUAAGCGUCUGCCUGCAAGUGACGGUGACUUCCAAAA